AUGGAGCCCAAUGACGCCUGUUCAUUAUUGUCCACGGUUUCCGGUAUCCCAGAUAGCGAGCUAGUAGGAACAGUAGCACAAAGACUGGACUAUCAACCUCUUGCUUUAGCAGGCGCUGCCGUCUUUGUUAAAGAGAUUCGGCAGGACAAAGUAUCGACGCAUUUUGGGUGGGAGGACUACCUGAAGAUCUUAGAAAAAGGAAAAAGAAAGAAAACGGAAGAUACACUUGUCGACACCAAUCCAGUUUACCCAAAUUCAAUGACCAAAGCAAUAAAGUUAGCCGUAGAAUCACUAAUGAGAUCCGACAAAUUUCAAAAACACCUUUUCACUUUUCUUGCCGUCUGCGCUCCAAGGCCAUUGAACGUCGACAUAGCAGUUAGUUACAUCAUGAACGCACACGAAGAGUUUGAUGACGCGGACAAGGAACUAAUUCGCAUGAGAUUAAAAAGAAGCUCACUUCUGCUGUUCCAAGAUGACGAUGGUGGCUGUUUUGUUCGACUUCACCAGGUUGUGCAUGACGUUAUUAAAACUGUAACAAAAGAGUGUUCAGAAAGCCAAACCAAUGAGGUUGUUAGUGGGGCCAUUACAUCGUUCAACGAAUUUAUCGGCGCGACUCCUCCAGAGAGUAUGAGACUGAACACUAGACACAUCGCUCCACAUUUCAAAGCUUUAAUUAUGGUAAUUAACAAAAUGUUUUCGCAAAAUAAUUUCUUUCAAGUUCAUGAUAAGGGCAUCUCCGAAAAAUUCAAAAACUUUGGAAAUAUUUGUCAAAUGCAUUGUGAAUUCGAAGGAGCAAAAACAUAUUUUGAAUAUUCACUCACUUUUAAGCUUCAAGAGCUCGGCCCGAAACAUGUUGAUGUUGCAACAAGCUACACGAGUUUAUCUUCAAUUUGCAUUGAUUUAGGUGACUUCGAGCGAGCCAAGGAGUAUGAGCUACGUGCUUUUGACAUCAAACUGGACAAGCUAGGCCCGGAACAUGUUACGGUUGCAGGAAACUAUCAUAACUUAGCUAAAAUUUACCAGAAAUUAGGCGACUUCGAGCAAGCCAAAGAGUACCAGCAACGUGCUCUUGAUAUCCGACUGGACAAGCUCGGUCCGAAACAUGUUGAUGUUGCAUCAAGCUACACGAAUUUAGCUUUAAUUUACAAGACAUUAGGUGACUUGAAGCAAGCCAAGGAGUAUCAGCAACGUGCUCUGGACAAUCAUCUGGACACGCUCCGCCCGGAACAUGGUGAUGUUGCAGCAAGCUACGAAAACUUAGCAUGCAUUUACAAGCAUUUAGGUGACAUCGAGCAAGCCAUGAAGUAUCAGCGACGUGCUCUUGACAUCAAACUGGACAAGCUUGGCCCGGAACAUGUUAAUGUUGCAAGAAGCUAUAAUAACUUAGCUUUAAUUUACCAGAAAUUAGGCGACUUCGAGAAAGCCAAGAAGUAUCAGCAACGUGCUCUUGACAUCGAUCUGGACAAGCUCAGCCCGGAACAUGUUAAUGUUGCAAGAGACUACAAUAACUUAGCUUUGAUUUACCAGAAAUUAGGUGACUUCGAGCAAGCCAAGGAGUAUCAGCAACGUGCUCUUGACAUCGAUCUGUACAAGCUCGGCCCGAAACAUGUUAAUGUUGCAGGAGACUACAAUAACUUAGCUUUGAUUUACCAGAAAUUAGGUGACUUCGAGCAAGCCAAGGAGUAUCAGCAACGUGCUCUUGACAUCGAUCUGUACAAGCUCGGCCCGGAACAUGUUAAUGUUGCAGGAGACUACAAUAACUUAGCUUUGAUUUACCAGAAAUUAGGUGACUUCGAGCAAGCCAAGGAGUAUCAGCAACGUGCUCUUGACAUCGAUCUGGACAAGCUCGGCCCGAAACAUGUUAAUGUUGCAGGAGACUACAAUAACUUAGCUUUGAUUUACCAGAAAUUAGGUGACUUCGAGCAAGCCAAGGAGUAUCAGCAACGUGCCUUGGCCAUCAGAGCAGACAAGCAAGGCCACAACAAAACAACAAAUAAGGUAAGGACUGCUAACAGACGCAAAAAACUAUAUUAUGGAGAUUAUAUUUCUUCUUGAAAGAUUUUGCACAGUCUUGAAUGGUUAUCACGUUGGCACUGUGUCUUUGAAAUUUGUUAAAAUCUAAAACGACUGAUUUUUUUUUUUUUACAGCAGCAUAAGUUGUGUCUUAAACUGCAAGGGUCUUCUUUGCAUUCUUUCUUCCGCAGUUCGAAUCUAUGAAAUUCAUAUAUUCUUUCUUAAUAAUUUUAAUUUGAUAAACUCAAAAUCGCUAUAUACAUUAAUUAUGGAAUCAAUAGCUGGGACGUUGGUAGAACACCCCUUAAUCCAGGUUUGACUGUAAUAGUUUCCGUUAACGCUCUAAUCCUGCUUUCCGUAUCUUUAAGUUUCUUGUAAUGAAAAAAACCUGUUAGUUCUUGCAGAUUACUCAUGCAAUUGAAAGGCAUUUAUCACAACCCAAGAAAGAAGAAGAUGAUGAGGAUGACGAUGAACAACGCAGUAGUAAGGAAGGUAAAGCACAAAUUAUUGUUAAGUGUCAUUGUCUGAGAAAGUGUUGGGUGUGAUGAGAUAUUUCAAAAGCCACUUUGGCUCACUUCUCUGACUUUUAGUUUUGUAUUUACGGGGGGGGGGGUCUCAUUUUUAGCCCUUUGAGCAUCGAAAAUCCAGCCUUCCAGGGGGCAUUUUGAAAGUGUGAUAAGACCCCCCCACUGGUAAAUUGUACUGCCAAAUGAAUUUGACCAUGAGCUCUACUAUAAUAGAGCUUUCAGUUUAUGCAUGUAACUUUGCCGUCAAGGUAUUGCACAGAGAGGAGCCUGGGGCUAGAGUUUGGUCAAAAUUGAUGUUAAAAUUACAACCCAAAAUAGUCAUUUUUCAAAAUUUCGCUAUAUUCACCUGCCUUCUUGCAUAACUUCCAUACCUACACCACUGUUUACUUAAGUCAACCAGUUAUCAAGAUCAUUUGAGAAAAAUUUGGCUUAUUAUGGUUUAUUGAAUUUUUGGGACAAACACUUCAUGCCCCUCUAAGACGAUGCAAAAUGGAAUUUUGAGCAUAACUCAGGUCAUAAACAAACCAAAUUGUUGACAAGAAGCCCUUAUUCUGUAUUUUGUAAGUGAAAAUUAAUUGUCAAAGCCAAAUCAGUGUCGUUGUUUUGAAAUUGGUGUAAAACGGGCCUCUGAUUAGCAGAAAAAACACGAUUUAGCAAAACGAAGGUGAUUUUAUUCUUUGAAAACCUAGCAACCCCCAUGGGAACACAAAUGCUGAUGUUCUGACGUAGAUAUAACGAUCUCUUUACAAGAUGCCUAACUUUUUCUUUGAUUUAUAUUCAGUUUCACCGCAGGUAGCCCAAGCGUAAUUUGGGCCACUUGUGGCAUAUGAGAGUUUGUAUGGGAAAAAUAGAGUUUGAAACUUAGAUGAAAUAAAUGUCAGGUCAGAUGAUGUAAAAGUACUCAAAUCGAGCUGAAACUUUGUAAAAAGAAGACAACGACUCCAGGUAACAAUAUUUACACUUUAUAGAGAACUUUUAUCGCUUUUGCUUCAUUUAUUUCAUCUAAGUUUCAAACUAUUUUUCCCAUACAAACUCUCAUAUUACGCCACACGCGGCCCAUAUUACGCUUGCGGGACACCUGUGGUUUCACGUCAUGUUUCUAAGCAUUACUCUAAGUCUCCAUACUUUGCAGGGCCCAUUUUUUUUAUAUUUUUACCAGAUAAAUUUAGCUUAUCAAAAGGUUCACUAACAUAUAUUCUUCGUCUGACCGUGUAGUAGCCUGAACAGUUGUUGUAAAUAUACCCAUCAGCAAAGGAGUAUGACCAUACAUAUGUAGAUUAUACAAACAUACACGAGCUUCAGUGAGCGGUAUCGGGGUGAACUGUCAUUUUCCGAGUCCUUUAGAGAUGAAAAAAUGAAACCAUCCAUCCACAGUUAGGAGAGCUGGAUAACAAAAGGCUUGUUUUGCUUUUAUAAAGAAAACAACCCAAACAAAUCCUUGCAUUGAGAUGAUGCAAUUAUUAUUACAUCAAGUUAGCUGGCCUGCAAUUUUGGAGUGUGGAGACUGGACGGAGUUCCCGUCCAAUCCUUCUCCUUUUCGCGGGAAUUUGUUGUGUUUUUUAUGAGGGCCGAGUUGUUCAAAGCAGGGUUAAGAUAACCCGGGGUUAGUGCGAGAUUUGAAUUCAGAUUUGAAAGCUUAAAAAGCAUUUCAGUUUUAAUUUCUUUUUGUCUACAAGUUGAUGAUUGGAAGCUCUAAAAAUACCAGAGAAAAUUAUCCGAGAAAAUGCUUUUAAACACAAGAAAAACAAACACGGGUUAAAUUUAACUCCAGGUUAAGCGCUAGUCGGCCUUCGAGCGACUGGGUCCUGGUGUGUACGAAAUUCUAGAAAGGAAUCUGUUUCAGUAUUGUUUUUCGAUUGCACUUUAUAUAUUCCUUUGGAGGGGUAAGUGACCAGUGCAGUGUCACGUCGUGGGCUGUUCAAGAAACAGGAAUGCUUCCUUUGUUGUCUUGCGAUAGCGGCAUGAAUGCAUGGUUAAAGCACAAGUAUAUCAAGUGUGUCCGGAGAAGAAGAGGAAGACCUGGUGAUGCCAAAGCUACAGGAGAUUCAAAAGAUCAGUUAGGGAUCAUACACGCGCACAAAUGGCUCUUAUUGCGGUUUACGGAACUCUUUUGCUUGAAGAAAGACGAUGAUAUAUAAUUUAUGAUAUUGUCGUCUCAGAUUGUUUGUUUAUGGUUUAUCAUAUAUCAUCGUCUCUCUUCAAGUGAAGGAGUCCCGUAAACCGCGAUAAGAGCCAUUUCUGCGCGUGUAUGAUCCCUAACUGAUCUUUUGAAUCACCUGUAGCUUUGGCAUAGCCAGGUCUUCCUCUUCUUCCCCGGACACAGUUGAACCCUUAUACUUGUGCUUUAACCAUGCAGUCAUAUCGCAAGACAACAAAGGAAGCAUUCCUGUUUCUUGCACAGCCCACGACGUGACACCGCACUGGUCAUUCACCCGUUCAAAGGAAUAAAAUGCCAUCGUAAAAUCAUCCUGAAACAGAUCACCUUCUAGAACUUCGAACACACCUGAUGUAAAACACAAAAAAAUUCCCGCGAAACAGGAAAAGGAUUGGACGGGAACUCGGUCCAGUCCCCACACUCUCCAAGUCCAAAAUGGCAGGUAUAAAUGUGGAUAAGGCAAUUUGCCACGUCACUUGCCCCUUGCUUGAUCAUUACUCCCUUAGACGGUGCUAAGCGCGUUAUAAGAUACUAGAGCAAUAAAAGUUGGCUAGUAUUGGCUUCUACAUGAUACGUCUUUUUGUUUUUGUUAAGAUGCCAAGAAGAGAAAGAAGAAGUCAGGAAGUGGGUGUCAACUUUGUAGAUGUCAAUAAUAAAUAUUCAGCUUUCAUUUUUGUAAUUAGGUAAAUUAGUAUUUUGGUAGCCUUUUACUGUACGAUAAAUUUUACUGUGGAAAAUUGGUCGGGUUAACCGUGAUAUAGACUGUAGUUUGUAAAGUACCAAGAAUUUAUUUGCACUGUGAGAAGGAAAUUAUGUGAUCCCGAGAAGAUGAGAGGCCCAGGUUGAACCAAAUCUAAAGUAGACUAGCACACGAAGGGUUGAUUUCCAGUGUCGCGUAAUUUUUUUACGUGCGUUCGUGCGUAAGAUUUAAGUUCGCAAACAAAAUAGAGGCCAUGCAUGAAAGGUCGCUCGUAAGUGUCAAAGUUGAACCUUGCUCAACUUCUCGUUUAAGUUCAGCACUUUUUAUCUUGCCUCUACUUUAUUUACGUAAUUAAAAUUUACGUGCGUUAACGUACGUAGCCAAAAACGCGUAAGUGGAAAUCAACCUUAAGGGUUUAAAGUUCGUCGAAGAGUAAAACAUAUCAUUCAAGAAAAUUGUUUAAAAGAAGUCAAGAAUUGUGACUACAUUUCGUAUAAUGAUUUAGCACGUUUAGAUAAACGAGCCGGCAAAAGAUAGCCGGAGUGAAACGUUCCUAGCGGCGAAGAGCGAAAAGAGACGGCUGUAAUCGUAGGCUAGCAAAAUGUUCAAGUAUGAAAUAACUGGAGUAUGGAGUUUUGCUUGUGGAAACUUGAUUUUUUACUACUGAGUUUCAUUUGUGCCGUCUGCAAGAAUAUUUAUAGAGAUCUUUAGAUUUUAAGACGGGAACGACUACGAUGACGAGAUUUGCUUAACACCAACUCAAGUAGUGCACGCGUAAACUAAGGUGGGUUUGGCGGGAAAAUGCGAUAGCCGUCGUCAUUUACGGGUUUCGUAGUGACGGGAACUUGUAAGUUAUCAAAUGUUAGAAGUGAUCAGGAGAGGGCUUAACUUGUUUUCUAUAAAAAUAACCGUACGCGUGCCAUCUCUUAUGGUAAAAACAUGAAGCUUCUGCGUUGUCUAGUUUAUGUUUUACAAUAAGCAAAAAACAAAAAGACAAAAACAAAACAAACAAAAAAGCUAAAACAACAAUUAUCAAAAACAAAGAAAACUUUAAGUCAAAUGUCGUCCUCGUAAUGGUCCUCGAAUCAAAAGGACUCUACUAUUGCAUUUUGAUGUCAUGGAGUACGAUUGUGAGUGAACAUUAUUGAUUUUCCAGGACAAUGAAACCAUCGCCAUGUUGGUGUCCCUAACCAAUCCUGUGUGAGUUGAACUCUUUUCUUAUGUAAAUCCUUUCUUUCGUUCCAAUAAAGUUGCAUAGAUGCUGGCUACAUGAAUGUGAACACUCUAUACCAGGAGUCGAUUACUAGCGAGAUUUACGCCAUAGGAAUCGGGAGAGGCUGAAACUGCAUACUCGAUAUUUGCGCGUUUUCCAUCCAAUCGUUACCCUGGGCACCAGAGGUUUUUUCUCGCUUGCGACGAGGAGCUUCGUCUGCGGAAGACUUAACAGUAACCGGAAACCGCGUAUGAAAAGCCUCUGGCACCCAGGGUAUAUCUAAUCGUUAGUUUUUCAACGAAUUGGUCGCAAAUGAAGAAUUUUGUGGUAACGCUACAAGCGAGCUGAAGCAAACACGACAGUGAAGAAUUCGAAGAAAGCGAGAAAAUAAAAUAGCAACAAAUAUUAGAAGCAAAACAAAACCUCUGAAAGUGCAGUACACUUUUUGGCAUUUUCCUUUGCCACUAUCGCACGAUUAACGUAAAGUCAAACUUGACUAAGACAAAACUGAUUAGUGAGCUUUUUGGGGGUCUAAUUAUGUAUCGGUAGUGACAAAAAAGAGGUGGGAAUCGCCGAUAAAAUGAAUAAGCAUAUCAGUCUGCUCAAUGGAUAAAAAAAUAGCCAAGAACAUUCCAGUUAAAAAUACCCCUCAAGAACAAUACAUAGAAAAAAGGGCAUCUACACAUUUCACGCUUUAUUUCUGUGACUGAAAAACACAUAUACCGUGUGGCUGCAAAAUUUAAUAACUCCAAAAGUUGUGGACUAGGAAAAUCUCAAGUGUGCUUCUUAAACCGGCCAACCCAUACAUUUUGGAUGUGAAAAGCGAUAUAGUUAACCAAAGGCUAUAUUUCCUGACGACUGGAAAAAUGCCCAUUUUUCUCCAAAGCGAAUGUUGAUAACUACAGACCGAUAUCUCUCGGCGAGAGAAUGGAGCACACGUAAGAAUUCGAAUACGGCCUGCGUGGCAGGCGCGUGGAAUUAAUAGAGAUGGAAGUACAAUGGAGACACUCUCCUGGUGUCGGCUACAAAUAAUAAUAAUAAUGAUGAUAAUGACAAUGAUAAUGAUAAUGGUAAUAAAUUAUAAUAAUGAUAGGGGAUUUUGGUUUUUUGGAUAUAUGAUUCCUGACCCUCAACUCCCUUCCAAUUAUUUCGAGAGUACCCCCCUAGCCAUGACCUAUGAAAUUGCGUGAACAGAUAUGUGCUGCUUCUUGCAUAAACUAAGUAAUCCCUAAUGAAAAUAAAACCAGACGCCACGCCAAGGAAUGUUCAAACUUCCUGCUUUCGUUUUGAUAGUUUUCCCUUCGUGAUUCAAGCGAAACCUCUUUGAAGUCGUGCUGCCUGUCUGGUGCCUGACUAAGGCUGCAAUCGGUAAGUAUAUACGAUUGAAACAAGUCUUUUUUCAGUAAUUUCAAUUUAUAUUACGGUGCUACAAAUCAUUUAUUGACUUACGCCAGGGUACAAGAAAUGUAGUAUUGGAUGUUUUAUACCUUGGAAGUGUUCGACUUCCCUUUUGUGACGGUACUUAGUAGUGUGCAAACAAUUAAGUAAAUGUCCGGCCAUCAGCCACGGUUAAAGAUAUAGAGGGAACCUCUAUUAUGUUGAACGCAAGGAUGUGGUGAACAUGAAAGAACUGACUGUCGCAUACACGGUACAUAAAGGCUUUGAGUGUGAGCCAUAAGCUACGAAGGGGGAAUCGGGGGUAAGCGGUCGUCUAAUAUUGGUCAUAUUGAAAGACCAUGAUGACGCAUAGCGAAAGUUGUUGCAUUAGAAAUGUUAAAGUUGAUUUUUCAAGCUGCAAUGAUAUGAUAGGCUAUCAUAUCCGGAAAUUGGCGUAUUAAUUUCGGCAAGGUCACCAUGGUCAGAGUUUUUAUUUUGCCCCAUCCAAAAUCAAUCAACAAUGGAAGCAAACAAAAGGUAUGUUAUGUUCAAGUUUCUGCUUAAGGUUCUCUCGGGUUUGAUAAUCCAAACGAAAUUACCGCUAGACUGUUCACAGUCCCCUAUUUUUUCGUGAGAUCGUUUAGAUAUACCGCGUCUUAUUGAUUUUCAAAUGUACCGAGGGGGCGGGCGUCGGGGAUUAUAGAUCUGGAGGGCGAAGGGGACGAGAAAUUUUUCGCUUCCUCCCAAGCCGCCUCCCCCCACCCCCCUCCUGCUCUUUUAAAUCGAUGUAUUUCCAUACACUCUUCUGAACUUAGAACGCAUUGGAAUAUCUGUCGCUAUGAUAAUAUACCUGAUAUCCAUAUUAUCUAGGUCUAAGUUACAUGAAUAACGUUGAAUACCUUUAGUAUCGCGCGGUGGGCCAUGAAUGAGUGAAAGAAUGAAGAGCCGUGUAUGACAGGACAACAGACGUGCCCUCCUACAAUAUAUUUUAACAUGUGAACAAUAAGUUCGGACGUAAGCAUACAAAGGCGCCACUGGCAGCCGCUCUCAGUCCAUUUAUGAGCUUACUGUACCCACCCAACCCAUGAUGUGACGCGUGAAGCUUGGUCACAACACCGGGGUUUACGCCCGCGGGGUGGGGCACUUGGGUAUUUUUUGGUGGGUAUGUGCCGCCUGGGACUCCCAAUUGGCACCCCGUUGUAAAAAAAAAUCCCCUAAAAUUGAUACCCCGUUCUAGAAAUGGGCCAAUUUUUUAUACCCCGUUCUAGAAUAAAAAAAACUGAUACCCCGUUCUAGAAAUGGGCCAAUUUUUUUAUACUCCGUUCUAGAAAGUUUGUAAAUUGAAAUAGCCCUGUUUUUUAAAGAAGAUAUUUCUUUAUUUGUUCGAGUUAUACAUCAAAUAAAUGUUCUUCAUAAUCAUCCGGAGUACGUUUCCUGUGCAUGUGGAUACAAUGCAGUUAAUUAUGACGCAAAAUCUCUCACCAUAACGAUUUUCCUUCUCCUCCCCCGUCCCUUUCUUUUGCGGCCCGUCCCCAUCUCCCUCGGGUACAUUAUGGACUCGUUCCUCUCGCCUGUUUAUCCAAGAUGGCGGAGUCAGCGCUCGCGGCUCGCGCCAAAAUACGCCCGCCCUGCACGCUAAAACACAGGGUGUAACAAGAGUACAACAGUUUGCUUGUUAACGCAUUGAACCGUAUUUUUAAAAGCAAUCUGUCAUUAAAUAAUUUCAAGUGGCUGCUUACAAAACUGGAGCUUUCGUGCGUUCGAAAUAUUAUACCCCGUUCUAGCAAGCGCCUCUGAAAUGGAUAGGCCUUAGUUUAGUUAAAAUAUUUCUAGUGUAAAGUAAAUCCUAUUGAAUUGGAAAGGGAAACUGAAUAUAAAGAAGCGUACAGGACAGGCGUCAUUUUUUCACGUUUUUUAGGCGAGCGAAGAUAUGCUUACUAGAUUUCUGUUAGUCUUAAAGAUGUCAGUGCUGGAUAUAAUUAGAUAAACGGCCUCGUUCCUAGGCGUCUCAAGUGUGUUUGGAGAACGGAAAACGUGACUGCGGGCGAUAGUAUCGUGCGGUGGACCAUGAAUGAAUGAGUGAAAGAAUGAAGAGUGGUGUAUGAGGGAACAACAGACGUGCCCUCCUACAAUAUAUUUUAACAUGUGAACAGUAAGUUCGGACGUAAGCAUACAAAGGCGCCACUGGCAGCCGCUCUCAGCCCAUUUAUGAUCUUACUGUACCCACCCAAACCAUGAUGUGAAUGAUGUGAUGUGAGUAGGUUGACCCCAACACCGAAGUCUACGUCCCCUACUCUUUUCGAACAGUGGUGUGGGUUCUUUUACGUCCCACAAGAACCAGAUAUGUUAAGUGCUGUGAGACGGGACCUACGGUUUUUCUUCCUUAUCCGAGAAGACUAGAAAGUCUAACCGUUUGCAGAUGUCAUUACAAAGGCACCACUUUCUUCUCAGUUAUUUAAAGACCCUGAGUGUUGGUCUGGUAGGGGUGACCUCCCGCUCAGCAGACCGGCGCUCUCCAAACUGAGCCUGCCAGGUGGCGGUUAAUUUAAGAACUGUUUUAAAUAGCAAGACCGGUUUCGGAAAUCUAAAAUAAUUUCCUUCGUCAGUUGCUUUAACAGUUAGUUGCUCGUGGAGUUGCGAGCAGAACAAAAAAGAAAGAACAUGGGAAAGUUUAGCGUUGACGCAAAGGACGCUGGGAAGGGUAAGCGAGAAAAUGAUAUAAAUCAGUCUCUUGGUAGCCUGCCUACUCGUAAAAUACUAAAUAACAGCAAGAAUAACCGCUGUGAAUCAAAACCACGAUAAUUUGGCAAUGAAAUAAAUACUUAAUUGACCAAGCUUGUUCGGUCAAGACCCGGGGAUCAAGAUAGCUGGAUAUUGGCGUCGUUCUUUUUUUCAUUGGCUGACUUCGUCUCGGUAAACAAAAAGUUAGACUUGCUAAAAGUCCACUCUCAUAAGUUCUUAAAAGUGAACGAAGCGAGUUUCAAUGCAUGAGGUCGCGCAGCGAGUGAACGAAGAAGUCUCGUGGCAUUACCAACCAGGGAAAAAUAAAGGACUUUAAGAACGUCUAACAAAAUGAAAAAAAAAAAAAAAAAGGAAUUUGGCCAUAUAUCCAAUAAUAUUGACCUCACGCUUGGUCAGUAAUGCAUAUUUGAAAGGAAUAAUGAUGAAAAUAAAAAUAGUUGUCACGCCUUCAAACAUUUCGCUUUCGUUUUGACAGCCUGUUUCCCUUUGUCAUUCCAGCGGAAGCUCAAUAAUUCCUUAUAAAUACUUGGUAUCUUUAAAAUUUGCUGCCUGAGUCAGGAGUUCCAAAAGGUAAGAAAAUGCGAUAACCAGCCGUGUUUCUACAUGCGGUCAAAAACCCUUUAAUUUGUACAAAAAUGGCAUGUUCAGUUACAUGGUAGGAAUUGAAUGAUGCGGAAAGCUUCUUUGUCGAUUAUUCAAAUCAUGAAACUGUUCAAAAGAACGUCUAACGAAGACUUUCGCAGCAAAUGGUAAGGAAUGAUAGCUUUUUUGUGACCAUUCUUGACUGUGUCGGUCCUUUAUUCAAGCUGCCGAAGUAAGCUCUGGUUUUGAAGCUGUCUAGAAGCAAAAUGAAGUGAAAAUAAACUUCGACCUGCGGCCAUAACGUAGAGCCAGUGCAAAAGAACUACUGCGCACUUAGAAGUAACUUUUUUUGACGUUAACUCUCUUUAGAUCUUUGUAAAACUUUUCAUUAUUUUUCAAGAAACCAAAAGCCAUAAGCUUUUUUUUUACCGGUUCUGAUCGUUCGCUUCCCAUCGAAACUCUAAAAUCUUCAUCGAGCGUCUCUACAGAUGAAGCAUGACGGACUGUUUUGCAUAUUUAUGUCCUACAAGUAUUCGGCCUUAGUUUAGUUAAAAUAUCUGUACUGUAAAGUAAAUCCUAUUGAAUUGGAAAGGGGAACUGAAUAUAAAGUAGCCGGCAGAACCACAGGAAGCGCAAGCUCACUAUGAGAGCCCAGAACAACAUUAUCCUGGAGUACUUAGCUAAUUAAUUAUUCAUAUGACUAGGAGUAAUCGGAGCUUAGGAGAGUGCGUUCGAUAUGUUUGUUGAGGCGGAAGGGUGAUUGCGAUGUAGAUAAAUAUCAUUAUGGCAUAUUUUGAACGUAAGGGUUGCGUACAGCGAAACCUCUAUUUAAACUGUGUAUCAUUUUAAGAACGUUUUCAAAAGAUAUCGUAUGCUUCGGUGUCAAGUGCUUUUAAUCGGAGGAGACAUUGGCCAGCGUCGGAGGUGUAAAUGAAACAUUUUGUUUUACUGGCGCGAGUUACAGGGCGCAGUUUCUCAAAGGCCUAUUAGUUCUUAACCCGGGAUUAAUUCUUUUUCUUUCGUCAAAAACAUUUCCUCGGAUAAUUUUCUCUGUUAUUUUUAACAGCAUCCAAUCAUCAACUUGUCGACAAAAUAAAUUACAUUGAAUUUACUGGUUUAAAAGCUUUCACAUCUGAAUUCAAACUCCGCACUAACGCUAUCAAAGCCUUCAAUGGAACGUGUGUGCGACUCACGUCAAUAACUUUUCCAGUAAUUUGGUCGAGCGUGUUGAUUUCAGUGACUCGAGAGUGGCGCUACUGUGGGCUUAUUUAUAUGUUUUUCCUAAUAAAUAACAUAGAGUUUGUGUUCGUUUGUCCGGUGCCGAAAAUAUCACAAGUCAUGGUCAAAUGGCGCCGCCGAGCUUCACAUCUCGGUAGAUUUACUUUGUGACACAACGGCUGCCGAGCUACACAACUCGUAAAUUUACUUUGUGACAAAACGGCCGCCGAGCUACACAACUCGGUAAAUUUACUUUGUGGCAUAACGGCCGCCGAACUAAACCCGGUUUGAUGCAUGCACCAGGAAUCACACACAUUUUCCAAAGACAGUGACGAACCAUGCUGUAAAAUUUAACAGCAAACUUUUGAAAGAUGAACGCUUUGGAAGAUUCAGCAAACACAGAUCGAUGUACGCUUUACGAAGAUUCAGCAAACUUUUUAAAAGAUGAACGCUUUACGAAGAAGACCAGACCUUAGCAAACCUUUGAAAGAUGAACGCCGAGGACACAAGAAUCACCACAUGAGUUAGCGCGUCAAAGUGAGGCAAAACUUAAGCAAGCGCCUCAAAGCGAGGCAAAUGUGUGUCGACGACGACGAACGAAAAUGCAAUCUCAAAAAACCCUCCCUUAUUAAUUGCACAGGUCACCCAAUAAUGCACAGAACACCCAACACAAAUUAGGGGUUGCGUUCUCGUACCUCGAACGCAACAAUAGUUAUAAGACGUUGUAUGAGAAUUAUCCUAUUUCUCCAUAAUUGAGCGAGACAUACAUUAAAUUUUUCCUUUUAGUAUUUUGUUAUGUUUAUUUGUGUGUUGACUGCAUUUCAGGCCUCUUAGACUACCAAGAACCCGAAAACAACACUAACCAUCUAUGCUAAUUAAUUAUUCAUACAGCAAGAAAAUUAUAAAACGUUGAAUAGAGAAAUAGAGACAGGGUUGGUGGGAAAUUUGAAUUCAAAUGUGAAAGCUUUUAAAAAAGUAAAUUCAGUUUAAUUCAUUUUGUCAACAAGUUGAUGAUUGGAUGCUCUUAAUAAUAACAGAGAAAAUUUUCCGAAGAAAUGUUUUUGGAGAAAGAAAAAGUAUCCUGGUUAAGCGCUAAUCGGCCUUUGAACAACUGCGCCCUGUAAUCGCGCCAGUAAAACAAAAGUUAAAAUGUUCUAUUUACACGGCCGAAGCACUCUGACCACUGUCUCCUCCGAUUACAAGCAUUUGACACCAAACCAUACGAUAUCUUUUCAAAAUCCUCUUAUAAUGAUACACAGUUUAAAUAGAGUUUUCGUUGUACGCAACCCUUACGUUCAAAAUAUGCCAUAAUCAUACGUAACCAUCCAAUCUUCCCCCUCAAAUGUUAGCCGCCUGUACGCCUAACAAACAUAUCGAACAUACCCUCCUAAGCUCCGAUUACUCCUAGUUAAUUAGCUAAGUAGGAUAACGUUGUUCAGGGCGCGAGCUUGGGAGACCUGUGGCAGAACAGGCGUCAUUUUUUAACGUUUUUUAGGCGAGCGAAGAUAUGCUUAGGACAUUUCUGUUAGUCUUAAAGCUUUCAGUACUCGAUAUAACUAGACAAACUGCCUCGCUCUUUCAACGAGGGCUAUAACAGAAAAAUGAAUACAGAUAAAAGAUGAACGGGUACGUUGUCACUAAUUGCAGAGAUAAUCUGUCUUUCCCCAAAGAUUGAAGCAUCAGACGUACAUCAAGUAUGGCAUCUUCAAAAGAAUAUACCGAUGAACAGCUAAACUAUUACAGAAUUUGUUAUCUUACUACUGAUAUACUAGUAAAUUUGGGUCUUGGUCAUGCUUUAACAUGUUUGUGUUGGGCAGUCAAUGUUUUUACUUCAUAGACCGUGUUAUCUACAUCACCAAGAGUAUGGCUCUUGACAUCACUGAUAAUUUUUCCCCCUCUGAACUAAUUUGCUAAUUGCAGGAUUAAUUUUCCUUAAAAGGUUCCAAUUGCAAGCAUCAGAGGUGCAUCGAAAUACUGAUGGCCUCUUUAAACGAAUAUACCGAUGAACAGCUGAACUAUUACAGAAUUUGUUGUGUAACUACUUAUAUACUAGCGGAGGGUCUGAGAGAAGUCUUUAAACAAGAAUGGGACAAACUGUACAAAACAACAAAAGGAGAAUGGAAAGACGAGCCUCGUAAUGGAAGGGACUUUUAUAACGGAGAGUCUCCUCGAAAUCAAAAAAGAAACGCUCGUCUUUUGGCCACUAUGAAAAACGGAAACAGUGAGGAAUGGGAUUGUACAAUGCUAUUCUACGCCAUCCUUUUCUCUGAUUGCGUCGGGCCAGGUCUUAGCGUAAUAGUCAGAAAAAAUGUAGAUGAUCUACGAAAUUUCAGGAAUGAAGAAUUCGCUCACAUGCCACAAGGUAGUCUCUCUGAGAUAGAUUUUCAGAAUGCUAUUAGCAAAAUUGAUGUUGCGUUUCAAGCGCUUAGUCUUCCCACUGUAAAAAUUCAAGACCUAAAAUGUCAGAAAACAUUUCCAACAAAAGAUUUAACAAAGGUCCUCAAAGAAGUUGAUAAUCUGAAACAAGAAGUUCAAGAAAAAGAGAGUCAGCGCCAGGUCCUUGAAGAUCAGCUCCAAAAAGAAGCACCUUCAUUUUGUGUUCUCCCUCCUAAACCUUCGCAUGAAAUCGGUGGUCGUGAAAGUGAAGUAGCCAAAAUAGUCCAACAGCUGAGGGAACUUAAUGAGUCCAGUGACAACGGGUUGAGCUAUCUAUACAUCUCAGGGAAUCCUGGAAGCGGCAAAUCACAGCUAGCUGGCCUAGUAGCAGAGAGAUUCUUUUACGACCUGAAAGAAAUGCCAGGUGGGUCUUCAUUUGUAAUGACCUUAAAUGCUGCAAGUCGAGAUUCACUUCUGGAGUCGUAUGUCUCAUUUGCUCGCCACUUAAAGUGCCCAGUCUAUUCAGUUAUGGAAACCCUCAGCUCUAGGGACUCGACCAUGGACGAAAAGAUCACUAGUCUUAAGAUGCUUGUCGCUGUAAAAAUUACCUGUUACACGUCGUGGCUACUGGUGGUUGACAAUGUCACUAAUAUGUCAUCAGUGCAUGUCCAUUUACCACAGUUUGAAAACGAGGCUUGGGCAAGGGGCCAGUUGCUGAUUACGACCCAGGACACAACAUCAAUUCCCUCAGAAAGCUCUUUUGUUAAGCACAUCUCGGCAAGUAAGGGUAUGGAGCCCGAUGAUGCCCGUUCAUUAUUGUCCAAGCUUUCUGGUAUCCCAGAUAGCGAGCUGGUAGGAACAGUAGCACAAAGACUGGAUUACCAACCUCUUGCUUUAGCAGGCGCUGCCGUCUUUGUUAAACAGAUUCGUCAGGACAAAGCAUCAACGCAUUUUGGGUGGGAGGAAUACCUAAAGAUCUUAGAAAAAGGCAAAAGACAGAAAACGGAGGAUGCACUUGUUGACACCAAUCCAAUUUACCCAAAUUCAAUGACCAAAGCAAUAACGUUAGCCGUCGAAACACUGAUGAGAUCCGACGAAGUUCAAAAACACCUUUUCACUUUUCUUGCCCUCUGCGAUCCACGCCCGUUGAACGUCGACAUAGCAGUUAGUUACAUCAUGAACGCACAUGAAGAGUUUGAUGAAGCGGACAAGGAACUAAUUCGCAUGAGAUUAAAAAAAAGCUCACUUCUGCUGCUUCGAGAUGACGAGGGUGGCUGUUUUAUUCGACUUCACCAGGCAGUGCAUGAUGCUAUAAAAACUGUAGCAAGAGAGUAUGCAGAAAGCCAAACCGAUGAGGUCGUUAGUGGGGUCAUUACAUCAUUUAACGAAUUUAUCGUCGCAACUCCACCAGAGAAUGAGCGACUGAACACCAGACACAUCGCUCCACAUUUGAAAGCGUUAACUAUAGUAACUGACAAAGUGUUUUUUCGAGAUAAUUUCUUUCAAGUUCAUGAUAGGGAGAUUUCCGAAAAAUGCAAAAACCUUGGAAAUAUUUGUCAAAUGCACUGUGAAUUCGAAGGAGCAAAAACAUAUUUUGAAUAUUCACUCACUUUUAAGCUUCAAGAGCUCGGCCCAGAGCAUGUUGAUGUUGCAACAAGCUACAGUAACUUAGCUUUGAUUUACCAGCAUUUAGGUGACUUCGAGCAAGCCAAGGAGUAUCAGCAACGUGCCCUAGACAUUGAACUGGACAAGCUCGGCCCGGAACAUGUUAAUGUUGCAACAAGCUAUAAUAACUUAGCUUCAAUUUACCAGGAUUUAGGUGACUUUGAGCAAGCUAAGGAGAAUCAGCAACUUGCUCUAGACAUCCAACUGGACAAGCUCGGCCCGGAACAUGUUGAUGUUGCAACAAGCUGCAGUAACUUAGCUUUGAUUUACCAGGAUUUAGGUGACUUUGAGCAAGCUAAGGAGAAUCAGCAACUUGCUCUAGACAUCCAACUGGACGAGCUCGGCCCGGAACAUGUUAAUGUUGCAACAAGCUACAGUAACUUGGCUUUGAUUUACCGGGAUUUAGGUGACUUUGAGCAAGCCAAGGAGUAUCAGCAACGUGCUUUAGACAUUGAACUGGACAAGCUCGGCCCGGAACAUGUUAAUGUUGCAACAAGCUACAGUAACUUAGCUUUGAUUUACCAGGAUUUAGGUGACUUCGAGCAAGCCAACGAGUAUCAGCAACGUGCUCUAGACAUUGAACUGGACAAGCUCGGCCCGGAACAUGUUAAUGUUGCAACAAGCUAUAAUAACUUAGCUUCGAUUUACCAGGAUUUAGGUGACUUUGAGCAAGCCAAGGAGUAUCAGCAACGUGCUCUAGACAUCCAACUGGACAAGCUCGGCCCGGAACAUGUUAACGUUGCAACAAGCUACCAUAACUUAGCUUCGAUUUACCAGGAUUUAGGUGACCUCGAGCAAGCCAAGGAGUAUCAGCAACAUGCUCUGGCCAUUAGUGCAGACAAGCACUGGCUCAACAAAACACCAAAUAAGGUACAUGAAAGACUGCUAACAGACGCAAAAAACUAUAUUGUGGAAAUUAUAUUUCUUCUAGAAAGAUUUUACGCAGUCUUUAAGGUUUAUCGUGUUGGUGUUGUGAAAUUUAAAAGGCUGAAUUUUUCAUUUUUUUUUUUUUUCACAGCAGCAUAAGUUGCGUCUUAAACUGGGAGGAUCUUCUUUGCAUUUUUUCUUCCGCAGUUCCAAUAUAUGAAAUUCAUAUAAUCUAUAUAAAUGAUUUUAAUUUGAUAAACUCAAAAACGUUGUACAUAUAUUAAUUAUGGAAUCGAUAUUCGGGACGUUGGUAAGACAUCUCUCAAUUCAGGUUUGACUGUAACAGUUUCUGUUUACACUCUAUUCCUUCCUUCCAUAUCUUCAAGUUUCUUCUAAUGAAAACCCUAUUGGUCCUUGCAGAUUACUCAUGAAGAUGAAAAGCAUUUAUUACAAUCCAAGAAAGAAGAUGAUGACGAUGAGGAUGAUGAUAAAGGCAGUUGUAAGGACGGUAAAGCAAAAAUGAUUGUUAAGUGUAACCUCCUGCUAACUUUUAAUGAUUCUAAUCAAGGGCGCGUUCCUUUAGAAAAAAUCCGUUAAGGUUUAAUUGUUGCACAAUCUCACAGUCUUUGGACUUGACAGGACAAAACGAAAGUGAGCAAAAGCUGGGAGAUGGAUUCUUCAACGUUCUAAAAAUAUUUGACAGUGUGAAACGCCUGCAAGAGCGAAGAAUGCUCGACAGAUGUAUUUUUUUAGGACCCAUGCCCAAACAAACUCACUAAUUGUGAAUCUAUAAAAUAUAAUCAUUAUGCGGAUUUAGUGUAUUUUUAAUUUAAGUAAAGAAAGGCAAAAUCCGGGUUUGGAUUUUCUCAAAGAAAAGUGCCCUAGGUCAAAAGUCAGCUGCAUCGAAACAGAAAUGUUAAGGCAAACACAAUUUCCGAUUUGGGGUUGCUUACUCAAACAAACUACAGAUAGAGUUCAACACCGCUCAUUUCUUUUUAAGAAAGGUAAAUUGUCGCUCAGAAGUCCCUGAUUACAAGUUAGCAGGAGGAGACGUUUUUAAUCGAUUAUCUUGUUGUCCUAUCGAGAACAUUAGAGAAAUUCCUGGCCUUACUCUUUAAGUAAAAGGAAAAAGGUAACAUAGGUCAUUUAAAGGAAGCAUUUAUUUUCCAUCUAAAAUUAUACGGAAACAACAAUAGCACUAUCGUAUUACUGAAACGGUUCUCACUAUGUUUUCGUAUACCAAAAGAUGUAACAACUUUGAAACUUGAAGAUGACCGUCACGCAGAAGAGACAUCAAGUGAAGAUGAGGAUGAAUUAACACAAGAAAGACAAGGGCUGAAAGACAUGUUGGAACGAGAUAAAGGAAAGGAGUCCUUGCACGAGCAUGAGGACGAGGCCGCCGCCGCCGUCGACGACGAGGAUGAGGACGAGGACGCGGAUCGUCCUCACCCCCCACCCUCGUCCUCAUCCUCGUUAUCGUCGUCGUUGCCCUCGUCCUCGUCCGGACCAGAACGAAAUGAAGAGAACGUCAACAUUGUUUUUACAAGGUUAGAAAUGAUGGCAACUUGUUAAGACUUUAAGAUGUAGAGCAUCGUAAGUGAAAUCCAUGCAUAGAACACUGCUGUGGCAAAUCAUCAUCAUCAGCCGAUGCUACUAAGACUGAUGAAGUUAAGACUAUAGGGUCCAUCAUAGUUUGAUCUCUCGUUAGCACUCACCUGACAACGGUCGAAACUGAUGUCUCUCCUUUUCAUAUUUCUCUUAGCAACAUCUUUGAACCUUUACCUAGGGGUCCCUUGAUUACGCAUUCUCAAACAGAGCUGAGAGUAUAAUAGCUGCGUUGGAUUAUCCAUGCUAUGCAAGUGACCGGUCAGAGACUCCCUGUGAAUACAGGCCCACCAACCGGGGGUGAAAUAUCUAUUUUCCGCAGUCUGUGGAUGAAAUUUUAUGGAGUAAUCAUUUAUUUAAUAAAGCCUAUUCAGCAAGAGCGUUUACUAUUUCGGAUUUUGUUGUAUUUGGUCCUUAUCAGGUGUGUAAGCAAUUUUUGAAUGAACUGUUUCUUUUCUUUUUCAGCAAAAGCUAAGAAGCGUCCAGCAGGGGCCGAUAAAGGAGGACUUUUCAGCGAAGAGAAUAUUCCGGAAAGCAAAAGACCUCGUGUAUCCCCGGCACCUUUCUCGGGUGGGUUGGGAGAAGGUUCAGGAACAAGUACCCCAGUUCUAACCAGUAAUGAAAAGAGUCCUCAGGGAAGUAAGAAAGUACCUCACAAGUAAGCCCAUGACCGGUGAGGUCCUUUUUCAAAAACCUUCAAGAGCAAACGAACAGGACUGUCUACUAAUGCGACCAUGGAAAAGCUUGUUGCUAUUUUGAGGAAGAUACUUUAAGAGCAGAAGGCAAUCAAAGGGGAUCUUUAUCUGUCGCUGAGAUAAUAGAGCUCAGAUCCGCAUGCUGAUCAUUUCUGGAUUCGAAGAUAAGCAACCAAAGACUUGCUUUUAAUCAUUUAGUAAGAAUACUUUUAAGGUAGCACUUGCAAAAUCCACUUUAUAGUAAUUACCGGGAUAUGAUUAACAAACAGAAAAAGGUUUCCGUUCCACGUUGACAAUUGCUGGAUACGUCAAAUUGUCAAACCUUUCCUGUGAAUUGCCAAACUAGAUUUUUAACAGCACGUAAAUGAUAGAAAAGGAUAAUGUUUCAAUGUAAAUAAUGCAUGGGUUGAUUUAGGGGUGGUCUGAGGAAAUCGCGCCGUCCUUUUUUCUGUGAAAUUUUGCAAUUUUUUCUUGCAGAAAUCUCAGUAAUUUAUAGCUUGCAAGUGUCCAGCAGAUCAUCCCCCCCCCACUUUCUGAAUUUUCUAUACCCCCUUGUAAUGUUCUGAAGCUUUUAGUUUUUGUUAGUAUGUUGUUGAAGUUGUUCAUUUAAAACUCCAUUUGCUUAAUAGAUUUACUAAUAAUAUUGUAAACUUAAGACCACACCAUUUUCAACAUGAGGUCUUAUAGGUCCGCAAGAGACUGUCCACUAUAAUGUUGUGAAGAAUUUUCUAGGUUGUUAUGAAGAUUUUUGUCAUGUGGUAUUUACUUAGCUGAUUUUAUGUUUGCACUUGAAGAUUCACUCGUGCCUAGCAAGAGUCUCGUUAUAAUCAGGUUUGUUAUCAAGGGUAAUUCCGUGAUGGUAUAGACAGGUUUUUGAAUUUUAUUACUUUAUAAGGGUUUUUUGUACAUAAUAGUGUCAUUUAUAAAAUUUGAGUGUCAGUCCUUGAAGUGAGCAUGUUUUUUGGGUUAUAGCUGACUAUGGUUGUUACCAACAUCAGAGUUCCUGUUUUGGUUUAAGUUAGAGCCUCGCGGGUUUAGUAUUUAGUAAGUGCGUUCAUAACUUUCAUGAUCAGCAAGAAAAAAAAUGCAUUUUAUUUGAGUGUCAACGCAUUUAGCGCGAAAGUACUAAUUGGGGACACUAUUUUGGCUCCAACUGGAGACUAUCCUCGGAUACACAGGGGCGGCCAGUUGAGUCGGAAAAAAUGGCAGUGGCCAAUAAUAACGGUGGCCAAUAAUAGACCCCAUCUCAGUCACUUUUGGGCAAAUGUAAUUUUCUGGAUCCCACCAUAGUAAAGGCGAUGUUACACGGAACGAUUCGCAACGACGAUUUCAAGCGCAACACAACAUUACAACAUUGUUGCGAUAUUAUUUUGAAUGGUUGCAACAUUGUUCCAACAUUGCAAUGCUGUGUUGCGCUAAAAAUCAUCGUUGCGAAUCGUCCCGUGUAACAUCACCUUUACUUUCUAUUUAUGUAUCUACAGUACUUUAUAAUGAAUGAAGAAUACUUCACUUUUCACCUACAGUACAAACAUUCUGAUACGUUUGCUAACCGUAAAUGUGAAGAACUUUUUUUACUCAAAAAGUCCGAAAAUGUGCGACCCCAUUCUAGUAACUCCAUUGAAAAUGCGACCCCGUUAUAGUCAAUCCAGACGUGAAAAUGCGACCCCAUCCAGCGGCGCAUCCCCAUUAGCCUCUUAUGUGGAAGUACCUCCCCCGGGAAUGACUUAUACCCGCGACUGAACAUAAGAUAGUUAAGGACUGAGAAAGUACACGUCUGUCAUUAGAUGCCCUGUGAUAAAAAAAUACUUUUCUGUUCUGGAAAUGGAACGCCUGCCUCCUUUUCCACUCGAGCCCUGCCAUUCGGCUCCCGUUUUCUCGUCGCUAUAUUGAAAAACGAAAAAAACCUGUCAGGGACCUGUCAGUGGACAAACCUAGAAUCCCUAAAUAACAUCUACCCCAGGCCUCUCCACAGUGUUGUUUGGAAAGAAAAAAAAUUAACUCAUAAGAAUUCUCCACCGGUUAAAAUUCAACAGAGUUUCCAAAACGCUGGCAUAAUCCCACCGGGGGAGGGGGUAGUAUUCAACAAGUUUUCUACCGGGAGGCUCCGCCCCGAGUUCCAACCCCUUGCCCUUUUAUAAACCAUUUUUCACGAAAAAGGUUCCCUUUUCAUAUACCUUGUAUUGACAACUGGUACCUCUUUCUUUUACCAAGUUUAUUAGAACUUUUCAUCCUUUUUAACUGCUGUGAAUGCAAUGUCUUUUAAAAGGAAUCAAUCACUGCAAACUCAGAACUUUUUUGGACUCCUUAACGCCAUAAACUUUAUCUUUUAGUCCUUUUGAGCCUUUUCACAGAUCAAAAUGACAGAUUUCUAUACCCUUUCAUAUACUUCAACUAGUGAAAUCCCUGCACUUUUUCAUAUACUUGAAGUAGUAGCCCUUUAGGGCGGAGCCUCUGGCCCGGUAUAGGGACAUUAUAUACGGAGUAUCCCCCUCCCCAGGGGUCACAAUGGCUCUCUUCUUAAAACACAGUUUGAAGAAUAUUUCUUCCCGGUAUUUUUAGUUUCUUAGAAUGGUCUUUGAGUGCAAGAUAAUUGGAGCAAUCUUCUUGGUUCUUAAAGACCUCCAUCGGGAUAAAAACACAAAAGUGAAAACUUUUACGUACCUCCAGGCUUUUUGCCAUCCGGACAAAACAUGGACCAGGGGUCCAUGGACCCCUUCUUUGGAACGGGUCCAUGGACCACUUUCAUGGACCAGAUCCAUGGACAGUUUUUUUAUUUUUAUAAGAAGGUUUUGCACCAGGUCAAUGGACACUCAAAAACAGAAAUAGUGCCAAAAAAAAAAGAUUUGACGAGACGCUGUCGACCAAUGCUCACGAUUGAUCACAAAUAUUUAGUUGUGCUUACAUGACGUACACUCUGGUUGCAUAUGUGCAGUCGCAAGACUGUUAAAUUAAGUUAAUUCAAAAGUUUUCACCAAGGGAGGAAUUACACGCUCCGGUACAAAGACUCCCAUCACCCUUAGAAAAACAAGCUGGAGUUAAGAAUUCAUUGCUUUUAGAGCAAUCAUGACUGAGUCACAUCGCAAUUCUCCAUAGUUGAUGUAGCUUCAGUUUAAGCUACAAUCCAUGCCACUUCUUCUUCUUCUUGAUCUGGAUCCGUAAAUCACUAUCUGUGAGAAUUUAUAAUCGUCCUGCUAAAAGCGCUAAGGAGCUGGGACCAGCGUGACAAAACAUUGCAGGAAAAAGUGACAUUCAUGGACAAAAAGAAAGUGGCUUAGAAUUAUUCAGAUCCAGGAUGCACUUUGGAGAAAUUAAACAACCUAAAACCCUUUUAAUCAGCCGCAAUAAACAGCUUUACAUUUAAAAGAGGUAGAAAAUCAAUAUGUGUGUCACGACCUCUCAGCAUGAAAUAAGCGGCAAAAAUUCACAUUUGCUCGGUCAAAAGGUUUUCGUCCGAAGCAUAAUCUCCCCAUCAGAGAAAACAAUUCAUUGGAACAAGCAUCAUUUUGGCAUGAGGUACCGAACCCCCUUUUUUUACACUAUAUAAGCACAUACAUAAUUAAACAUUACUGAUCAAUCGAGCAUUGCUUGUUGUUGUUGUUGUUUUUAAACCUUAUUUUUGCACUAUUUCUGUUUUUGUUCAUUUCUCAUUAUUAAAAAAAAGUGUCCAUGGACCCGGUCCAUGAAAGUGGUCCCGUCCAUGGACCCGGUCCAAAGUGGGUGUCCAUGGACCCCUGGUCCAUGUUUUGUCCUCACCCGGAUAAAUGUGCCCCCACACACCAACGCCCAAAUGCUCUUGUACCCUCACCACUUUAAACAUCAAUUUAUUAGCAGAACAAAUGUUGAACGAAAGAUAUUCGGCAGGGUAUCAGGCUCCAGUGUUCGGUCUUUUCGCUCCGCUUUCCCCGCCCCUCCCCUGCUAACAAGCACCUGAAAAAACGAACGACCUUAAGUGACCUAAGUCAUGAUUUCUGCUCGGUGUACGUUGGUCGAUGUCGGUACGUGAUGGCGAAUCAAGUGAUUAGGGCUCUGUUCGUAUACAGUUUGGCUUUGUUUUAUGGCUUUAUGGUAUGUUUUUUUCUGUUGUUGAGUGCUAUUAGGAAACUUGAAAUACCGAGAAGAGGAAAGCGACGAGAAAAACGUAAGUAACGAUCGGUAAAUUUGCACCGGAGCAAACUUGGCCUGGUCGAUUCAUCUUGUCUGUUGUGCUUUGUAUCUUUAGUUAAUUCAGUCAUCUUUUUGCGUUUAAUAGUGCUCACUACAGCAGGGACUCUUCGAAACAUUAGCUUUACAUCAAUUAAUGAGAAAACUGGCAAAGUUGCUUUCCCAUCCGGAGCAUACUAUUUUUAAAGCGGCACACAGAGAAGAAAGCGAACUGUUACUGUAGCUAAGCUAAAGCUUAAGCUUAUGUUAGUAAGCUCACUUUGGGGGACUACAAACUGGUUUUCAUAAUGGCCAUAAAAACCCAUGUCAUUAUUUUUCUCUGUGAUGGUUAGUUAAUGGUUAUUUUAUAUUUUUAAUACCAUUCUUUGUUCUCGAUUCAUUGACCGUCCAAAGAACUGCUAUGAAGGACGCCAUCUAAAUAAACAAAUCGAACAAGUAAUAACACAAGUGAAAUACUUUUUUACUGUUGUGAGAUGCGUAACCGUGAAAUGUUAUUCUCUGUAUUUGUACAGGGAUUUCUACUAUUGCAGGAUAAGGGUCCAGUCAAUUUUAAACUUCACCAUCCAACACCCAACCCCCCGCCUGGGCAACCUUGGGAGCAUUUGAACUUUUUAAAGGGACAGGCUCACGAUAUUAUGCAUGUGUGAGUCUGACAGUACCUGAUUGUUUUUAAACCAAUCGGAAGCGAGUUGGAUGCAUGCAGGGAAAUUUACGCAGGAGUAUCUCUGGACGUUUGGUUUUAUUUUACAUGUCCCCAUAAUUCAUAUUCUUUGCUAUUCCUCAGAUAUGUGUUGCAGCCAGUAAGAAUAAGAUUUACAGCCCUGUCCUGCUCUGAAACAAACAUUUACCUUCGUGUAUUUUUAUGAGGUCUUUUACAUACCCACGCUAACAAAGCCGUCACCAAUUGGCAAACAAAAAUUAAUUUGUGAACAAACCUAAACAAUAAUUAAUUAAAAAUAUAUAACAUGCCUUUUCCUUGCCUUUUUCUGCCUUUUCCAAAAAACCUUCUAUUACUGAUCUCUCUGUUCGCCCUAUAUAAGCCUAGAAAUACCUGCAAAUAGCACCUGACCGAUGACAAAAACACACAGCGUAUGAGUAUAAAGAUUAUCCUAAAUUGAGCUUAAACUUUGCUUGCUUAUCAGCAAAUGAACAGAUCGAUCAGCUAAGCUUCGCUAUCUCCAAAGACUCUUUAGAACGUCCUGUUUCCUGGUGCCUGUUCGUUCCUCACGAGUACUUUAGAAAUAGAAGACUUAACUUGCUUACGUAGAGCUAUGAAUGAGCGAAUUUAAAGGCAGAUUCCUGUAUUCCUUGGAUUUGCAGUUUAUGUCUUCUUCGUAUUUAGUGUUGGCCUGUAUGUUUUAUUCUGGAAGCUGUCACAAUGCACAUGUGCAUUACCGUAGACUCUCCAGUUUAAGAUAGGCCUGGUCAAUGCAGUGUUUGGGCGGGAGAGAAAUUUGAGAGGAGGGAGGGUGGGAAAGGCCUGCAAGAAGGCCAUUAUUUUCAUGUUAUAAACAUCCACCAGAUGAAUGUUAAAAUCCUAAUAGGUCCGUUUUCAAAACAUGUCAAUCACGGCCUUGAUACUUAAUCCGAUUGGUUGAAAUCAACAUCACGGCCGAUCUUGCAGUAAUCAUUUAAGAAUAUGUUGUUAGUGAAGUGUAAUGAAUUCAUUGUUAGAAUUAGAAACUGAAGGCAUCAAUUUCAGCUUGAAAGGAGAAUAGAAGAAAGCAGUUUUCUUUCUUUCUUCUAUUAUUGAAAGAACCAUAUAAAGGAAAAGACCUGUCAGCUUGAUGAGUUAGACUGACUGUUUUUGAGAAGUCUCCCAAUGGCUUGUUUUACUCACUAGAAGAAAGGAAGGCAAAAUCAUGCUGCGUGUGUGAUUGUUAUGUGGCGUGUUUGACCACAAACACCUGUCAUAUAGGCUAUGCCUUAUCAAUGAAUCUCAAGUUUCACAUCUGCUAAAGGAUUCUGCUUUGCAUAUUCUUGCUUUGUGUAUAUAAAUUAUUUAUUUAUUUAUUUUUCUUUUUAACUUUAAAUAUUUGAUUUUAUUGCUAUUUUACAUAUAUAUCUUUUUAUUUCAUAGGUUCCUCAAUUAGCUUCAUAGUUAAAAUACGUGACACUUAAAUUAAUAGAGUUUAUUAUUAUUAUUAUUAUUUUUAUAAUUACUCAUUAAUGAAAUGUUCAUGGGGGUUAAAUGCUUGACCUGGUUUGACUGUUAAAGAGAUGAUGUUUUCAUUUCACUAUAGCUCCUGCCUGCCUUCUUGACCCUGAGCUUGGUGAACAUCAUUUCCUGAGAACAGCAUCAAAUAUCAGGAUCCAUUAUGUUGCUAAAGGAGACACAGGCAAACCACUUAUGCUGUGUAUACAUGGGUUCCCUGCAGUAAUGUACACUUGUUGCUACUGUUUUAUUAUUUUUAUGAUCAUUAUCAUUGCAGCAGAUAAGGUUGUAAACCAAACUCAUUAAAAAGUUUAAAUCAUCCUGCCAUCUGGAUCUAGAAGUAUAAGGGUUUGUUAUUUAAUCAUUAAAUUUUAUUGAUGAAGUUUACCAUACCCUAAGAGAAACAAAAAACGCCUUGAGAGGACUCACUCCAAAAUAUCAUUAAAAAAAAUUAGAAUAGAAAUAGUAAUUAGUCAAAAGCAGCAGCAAAACAAAGAAGAUAUUUAAGGAAUGCUAACAAAUGGAACAUACAUAUUUAGGUAUUUUAAAAUAUCUUCAAUUCAGAUAUAAAAGACUGGACAUGACAAAAUAAAUCAUUAUUUUGCUCCGGAGACAGUAAUUAUAAUUUGUGCUUUAGACACAGAAGACCACCUGUUAGUAAGGGCUAACAAGCUGGGGUAAACAUGCAAAUAAAAGUUGCCUGAUGAUUGCUUCGCAAGAGACAUGAAACUUUGAGUAGCAAUAAAGGUUCAAGAUUUAAUCCAGUUCCAUCAGUCUACUUGUAAGUAUAUUUUGUAAUUUAUUAGCGGAUGUAGUGCCAUUUUUCAUGGAAAUACUGUUAAUAAACCAUUAUUAUUAUUAUUAUUAUUAUUAUUAUUAUCCCUACACGUAAGAAUAUGGCAAGAUGGGGAUUAUCCCAAAGUCCUGCAGUGAUUGCUCCUUUUGCCUUAAUCCUGAAUCACUCCUUCAUGUUGUCGCUGGUUGUCAACAGUACCUUGAUCGCUUUACCUGGAGACAUGACUCAAUCCUUAACUUCAUUGCCAAGUCACUUCAACCUGUAAUUAAUGUUCACUCUUCACUCUAUGCAGAUGUUAAUGGUUUUCUGAAUCCCUCAAUAUUAACUGUGAAAAUUAUCAUCCACAUCUUCUUUUCCUAAUCCAGUCUAGAUGCCUAUAUGUUCUAGAAUUAACAGUUGGUUUCGAGUCUAACCUUAACAACAAUGCGGUGCGUAAGAAAGAAAAAUAUCUGAACUUGAUCAAUGAAAUGAGUAGAAAUUACAGAUGUGUGAGAUUUGUAAAUGUCUCCGUGAGUUCCCUUGGCGUUUUCUCCGAUGAAUGCUCCACGUUCUUAGACAUAAUGAAUGACAUUGGCAUUGACAAAAAGCAGCAACAUUAUAUAAUCAAGGAAAUGAUAAAUAUUAUAGCCAUUAGAGCAACAUAUUACAUCUUUUGUUGUAGAAAUAGGAACUGGGAUAGCCCAGACUUAAUGCAAUUUUGAUUUUUUUUUUGGCUUUUGUUUUGUUUUGUUUUUGUUUUUUUUUUUUGUUUUGUGUUUGUUUGUUUGUUUUUUCUUUUUAAUAAUCCAAUCUCAAGCAGCAUUUGUAAAUUGCCUAUACGUAGUGAGAUUUAUAAUUGUACAUUCAAAAAUACAAAUAAAGUUUCCAUUAUUAUUAAUACAAAGAAGUUAAAUAUAUAAUAAUGUGUAACUUAGAAAAUAUUAUGCAUUGAAAACCACUGACCCUGUUUUAAAAUCACUUUGCAGUUUUGGUAUUCCUGGCGAUAUCAGCUGAAAGCUUUUAGUGAUAAUUUCAGGAUGGUUGCUGUGGAUUUGAGGUAAGUACUGUACAAAGUAUAUUAAUAAUGAUUUGUUAAAUACAAAUUGCAAGGAGCCAAACUGUAUUAUGCACAGCUGCUACAACUGUAAAACAUACCUGAGUAUAAAAUUAAGUUACACAACAAAAUGUGGGAUUUUUGUCCAGUUAGCUAACUUAUUUUUUGUCAUCCUUGAGACUGGCAGAAAUUAUAGCUCAGUCACAUGGUAAUUUAAUUCAAAACUGUUGGAUAUGCCCAUCCUCUAUCCCAUUCUCAGCAGUUUAUUUUGAUUUCAUGAAAAACAAAAUUAAAGAAUUUUUAAAAAGCUAAAUCUUACAGCAGUAUUUUGUGUUUAAGGGGCUAUGGUGAAAGUGACAGUCCUAAAGGGCGAGAACACUACAAGACGUCAUUUAUUGGUUAAUGAUAUUAAAGAAAUUGUAAGUGCACUUACAUGUAUUGCUGAAACAGCAGAUUGAGUGAAGAAAAUAUAAAAAUGUUUAAUCCUCUGUAUGCACCUCGUAAACUUUGUUAUAAAAUUAAAAAUAUUUUGUAGAUUCAAAGGUCACUUUUAAGGGAAAGUUGAUUUAAUAUGACAAGGGGGGGGGGGGAUGAAGAUAUUGAAACUCGAAGUUUGAAAUUUUAGCAGCCCCCCCCGCUAGCGGUUCAAUUUUUUAGGAGCCCCCUCCUUGGUAGUCGAAAAAAUUUCAGAGUCCCCCCCCUCCUCCUUCAAUUCCUUUGCUCCCCUGAAAAAAGAUCGCUAGACUGUAUUAAAUAUAUUUACCGUUACUGUCUUCAAUGGUUUAUACUAUGACAAACUUGAGAUACAGUUGUGAUACAAUUUUCUAAAGCAUUUUUAGGAUGAACAAGAGUGUAAUAAUUACUGAGACUACAUUUGUUAUAUCUGUAAACCACGUGAUAUAGCUGAGUUGCACAGGUCAUUAAAAUAGUUGAGUCGAAAACCAUCCAAUCUGUAUGAUGAUGUCAUGUGUUGGUUUUGAAGUAUACAAAUUUUCGGAGCCCCCCCUCCUAGCGAAACAAUUUUUUCAGAGCCCCCCCUUCGGGUGUCUAAAAAUUUUCGGGGCCCCCCCCUCAAUAUCUUCAUCCCCCCUUGUCAUAUUAAAUGAACUUUCCCUAAGUUAAACAUCAUAGUCUAGAAGAUUUUGUAAAAAGAUCACAAAUGCAAAAAAACAAAGAAACAAAACAAAAAUUAAAAAAAUAAGAAUAAUAAAAUUUUUCCUUCAAUGUCUGUACAGCUUUGAGUACAUGUUGUCCAAUCCAGAAAUAGGGGCUAUAAUAUUUUAUAUUAUACUGUGUUACAAAGGAGGUCAUCAGAGUUUUCUUGCAGCUGGUAAAAGAAAAUUUUUAUUUUUUUUAUAUCAAUACCUGUAAUGUAUCUAGGAUUGAUAAUGUGAGCUCAGAAAAGAUAUUAAUACAAUUUAUUAAUUUAUUUACAGAUUGAGGCACUUGAUUACAAAUCUUGCACUUUGCUGAGUCAUGACUGGGGUGGAGCUUUGGCAUGGUAAGGUGGCCACUGCACCAUUAUAAUCUCACAGAUACUUGUCCAUUAGACAGAAGUUAUCAAGCCAAUUCCUCUAACUCAUGCCCAGUUGUGGAUGCCAUCUUUCUGAGUGACAGUAAUGACCCUUCUUGAGAAGUGUUGAUAUAACCUGUCAAUUCUGAACAAACAGAAGGUAUACCAGGAGCUGGUAUACCAGAACAAGUCUUGUAAAUAAAUGAUUACAGGCUCUGUCACCCUUCCCCACCCCAGUUUCCUUCUGUUUUAUUUUCGUGUUCGUGCUUUCUCAAUUUUGCUGACCUGACUGUCUUGGAGCCUGAAACAGGCUAGCCUCCCACGCAGAUAUUCUUAGGGGUUCAUUACGUGUUCCUGCCCCACUAACCUGUGAUAAACCCCUAAGAAUGUUUACAUGGGAGGCUAGGAAUAGCUACUGCAGUGAAGGCAUGGUAUUCAGGCAAGCAAGAGCUUAGUAUGUCCAGCAGUCAUAUUAUCCUUGAUUGUAAAAGUAUAAGAGAGUUGGGAAUGGUACAGAGUUCAAUCAAUAGGGGAGUCAUAAAGCAAAAGAUUGGACUGGGGGGAGGGGAAGUGAUAAAACAAAUCUUCCAUUCAGGGCUUAUUUGGGAAUAUGAACUACCUUUGGUUCUAUUUUUUCUUUUGUUCAUUACCAUGAAAGAAUGAAAAAACUAGGAUGGUUAUAUGCUCGUGAAGGCUGAGGGAAAUACCCAUGUAGCUGCCAGCCCUUUGUGACAGCCCGAACUGAUUGAGAAUUCAAGGCUUAAGUGUAUAUGCAGUGUGCAAAGAAAGUAGUGUCGGAUAGCCCGGGGCUAGUGGAGUUUGCUAUCGGGCGAGUGUAUUCUGUUUUUAACUUGCGCGACGGACAAGUUAUGUUUUUUGAGGAAUUCAAAUAACAGAAGAACUGUGAAAUCAAUUCUGCUAGUCAAAAAGGUUUUGGGGCUAGUUGAAAUGACGUCUGGGCUAGUAAAUGCUAGCUUCAGCUUGCCCGAAUGGCAAGGUGUAAAAAUGAUUUUCUUUGCUCCUUGAUAUUUGUUGUUUUAAAAUUAGUGCGGACUGUGAGCAGUCCCUGAGGAGUGGGAGAAAGUGGGUGGAGAUUAACCUUUUCUUCUUGCCUCUCUUCAGCUUCUUCCUCGGUUUACUUGUUCUUCACAGUCCAGCAAAGCCCUCGUCUUUUUUGCACACCUCAGGCUGGAGUCAUGCAGUGCUUCCUGCCCCAAUGGGGGGGGGGGGGGGGGGGGUGGGGAGCAUCGUGUGAUUUCCAGACCAAGCAGCUGCGAAGGAGACUAACAUAGCUCUGUGAAAGAUGCUUUUUUCUCUGUUGAGAACCUGUGUCAGGGUUGUUUAGUCAGUCCCCUCUUCUCUUGUGCUGACCAAUUCAACUGACUAAAACCUAAGGAGUGUCUUAUUAAUGUGAUAAAUAUGUCUGUGUGUGUUUUAACCUCAGGUCUUUUGCACACAUGCAUCCAGAAAUUGUACACAAAUUGAUAUUUUGCAACAUCCCACACCCCAGGUUAGUUCUAGCACCCACCCCCUCCCUUAUUUGUUAUGUACAGUCAUUUUUACAGUCACCCACCUAAUUUGGACACCUCAGCAUUACCGACAGUUUGCUUUGUCCCUGGGGAAAGAAAUCGCUAACAUUUUCUUCAAAUUCACCCCCAUGUUAUUUAAUAUGAACACUUUCUGUGACCCCUCAGUGUCCAUAUUAGAUAUCGGGAUUUGAAUGUAUAGACAAUAUGAACUAUACUGCUAUAUACUGGGUUUCCUGUUUCACUAAUUCUCAGAAAGCAAAAAAAAAAUAUGCACUUAGUUUCCACCAAAUAAAACUCUGCAACUGCACCUUAAACUCCAUAAACAUUGCUUCCGUCACACUUGACUAUACAAGACCAACGUUGAACUCUCUUCGCUUAUGACAACUAGUUAAUACCUCUUCUGGACUCAUCUACUUAUAAACUUACACAAUAAAAUUCUGGAACCUUUUUCAAAUAGUCUAUUUAUAAAAUGAUUACAAAAUAUAAUGUUAUGCUGUAGAAAGGCUAACACUAGAUCCCAAAAUAAUAAAAAAAAACUAUGAACUCAUGCAAAGCUUCUAGAAUGUCAGCUGGUCACCGAAAAAAAAUUUUGGUAACACCCCUAUGCCCUAACCAACACGGCUCGCGCAUGCUCCAUUCUUGAUCUGAUUCUCUAAAACAGCUUAGUUUUCUUUUUUGUUAGUUCAAUAACCACACAACAGUUCGAUAACAACACCAGUGGUUCAAUGACCACACAUUAGUUUAUUGAGCGUAAACUACAUGUAGCUGCGGGGAAAAUAGCCACUAAUACGUUAGAUAUUUUUUGUAAUUAGUAUGUGUAGCAUUAAGUAAAAACAGAGAGGCAUGUUUCUGGGCGGGGUAUCAUGGUUGUAAAACUCCGUCAUACUUCAUUAUAAUCUUCAUCACAUUUAUUUAUUUAUUAUCUUCAUCACAUUCAUUCAUUCAUCUACUUAUUUAUUUAUUUUUUGGCUGCCUGGAAUAACCAUAGAGGUCUAGUGGAGCCAGGCAGCCAGUUGAUAAUGGUAAUAAUACUAGGGGAGUCCAAUUCGGUCUGUAAUCAUACGAGUGAUAAACAAAAUCAGACGACCGCGUAGCAGGAGUCCGAUUUGCUUAAUCACGAGUAUAGUAAAGACGCGGCGGUCGCAUAGCGCGGGAGAGUGCCACGACUUGUUUCCCUGUGUGGCCAGUUACGCAGCGAAGUGAUGUAGAAUUAACGAAACUGACCAAUCACCGUUCGUGUAAGACACUUAACCAAGCAGAAAUCGAGGCGAUUACCAUUAUCCAAAGAGAGGCUAUCGUAAGCCAAAUGCAACAAAAGGGGAUUGCUCUGGCCAAUCACAUGAGAGGCAAUUAAUUAAAUGAACCAAUCAAAUUACAGAGUAAAGACUUGGAGGUGGCAAGCGCGGGAAAAUGCUACGACUUGCUUCACUUUUUGCUGCUUGACAUGUGGCCGGUCACAGCGUUGAGGCGGGAAAUUUGCCUUAGGUGCGAAAACACUUAAUUACUAAACUGGUGAACAAAUUUUGAUUAUCUUGAGUGUGCUUUGCUCGUAUAUGAUCUCAAUCUAUUUUGUGUUUGUAAAGGUGACAAAAAGAAAAAGAAGAAGUCGGGGAGUGGCUCCAGUACCUUUUCAAAUAGCGGUUCAUCGACCCCUACGAUUGCUACAGACGGCGCUGCUAAUACCAUUGCUGCCGCUGCUACAAAGCUGAGUCAGGACAGACCAGGGACUCCCUGUAAGUAUAUCCCUACUAUUUCCCGGGUACGUAGAUGAAAUUGUAUGGAGUGACCGUACAAAUGAAAUCUAUUUAGCAAAACCUUCGUCAGGUACUAGUUCUUUCACAGUAUUUUACAAACUAGCAUUUUGGAUGUUGUUCCAUUUGUUCCCGAUCAGUUUCAUGUUCCUCGUGUUGAAAAGAUUUUUUGAAUUGUUUCGGUUUUUGUAGCAAAAUCAAAGAAGCGCCCAGCAAGUGCAAGUAAAAAAGGUACCCCAGGCGAAGAGGGAAGUCCGGCAAGCAAAAAACCUCGUGUAUCCCCGGCACCUUCCGCUGGAGGGGCAGGAGGAGGCUCAAGAACAAGCACCCCAACACCGACUGGUAGUGAGGAAGGCCCUCAGGGAAUCACUGAAGAAGCCGUGAGAAGGUACCUCACAAGAAAGCCGAUGACCAGCAAGGACCUUUUGCAAAAGUUCAAGAGCAAACGAACGGGCCUGUCAAAUGAUGAGACCGUGAAAAAGCGCGUCCGAUUAAGUCGCUUUAAUAAUAGAUCUUUUUACCUUGGGUUGUGUGUUAACCCAUUCUUAGUUUAG